CAGCGCACACCGUGCGUUAGCAGCAGCAGCAAGCAGCAGCAGCAGAAGCGGAGGCUCCCCGGCCGUCACAGCCACUGCGCUGGUGCAGCCACCUUCGUUCCCACUCCUCUUCGUCCCUUCGCUCGCACCAUGGCUGAUCAACUGACUGAGGAACAGAUUGCUGAAUUCAAGGAAGCUUUCUCCCUAUUCGAUAAAGAUGGUGAUGGCACCAUCACAACAAAGGAACUUGGGACUGUCAUGAGGUCACUGGGUCAAAACCCAACAGAAGCAGAGUUGCAGGAUAUGAUCAAUGAAGUGGACGCUGACGGUAACGGCACCAUUGACUUUCCAGAAUUUUUGACUAUGAUGGCUAGAAAAAUGAAAGAUACAGAUAGUGAAGAAGAAAUCCGUGAGGCAUUCCGAGUCUUUGACAAGGAUGGAAAUGGUUACAUCAGUGCAGCAGAGCUACGUCACGUCAUGACAAACUUAGGAGAAAAACUAACAGAUGAAGAAGUAGAUGAAAUGAUCAGAGAAGCAGAUAUUGAUGGAGAUGGACAAGUCAACUAUGAAGAAUUCGUACAGAUGAUGACUGCAAAAUGAAGACCUACUUUCAACUUUUUCCCCCUCUAGAAGAAUCAAAUUGAAUCUUUUACUUACCUCUUGCAAAAAAAAAAAAAAAAAAAAAGGAAAAAGUUCAUUUAUUCAUUCUGUUUCUAUAUAGCAAAACUGAAUGUCAAAAGUACCUUCUGUCCACACACACAAAAUCUGCAUGUAUUGGUUGGUGGUCCUGUCCCCUAAAGAUCAAGCUACACAUCAGUUUUACAAUAUAAAUACUUGUACUACCUUAAUGAUAAGGAAGCACUUAGUGGACUCCUUAAAGUUCCAUUUGCUAAUGAUUAAUACACUGUUUGGGCUGGCCAGUUUUUCAUGCAUGCAGCUUGACGAUUGAGCACAGUCAGGCAUUUGUAUUAAAACCAAAAAAUGAAAAAACAUCAAAACCUAUUCAGAUGGGUUCUAGUUCAGUUUGUUAGUAUAAAUUGUCAUAGCUGGUAUACUGAAAACAAAUACAUUUAAAAUUGGUUUACCUCAGGAUGAUAUGCAGAAAAUGGGUGAAGGAUAAACUUGAGAUGUAGCCCCAGUAGUAGGGAUGGUCCUCUUGUACUUCACCCCAUGUGCUCCGACCCAUGGUGACAAUGACACACCCUGGUGGCAUAUCCAAGUAUCUUGGUUGUUAGCAUUGUCUGCAUUGUACUAGAGUGAAAUGGGUGUCAGGCUGUCACCAAUCACACAAAUUUUUAAUAAGAAAUCUUUACCAAGGGAGCAUCUUUGGACUCUCUGUUUUUAAAAUCUUCUGAACCAGACUUGGAGCCAGCAGAGUAGGCUGUGGCUGUGGACUUCAGCACAACCAUCAACAUUGCUGUUCAAGAAAUUAUAAUUUACAUCCAUUCCAAGUUGUAAAUGCUAGUCUUUUUUUUUUUUUUUUU